AGAGCCGCGACCCACAUUCUGCCGCCUCCGGCCGCCCUAUUUUUCUGCCGCCUCUGAGCCCCGCGCAUUGAUUGCUCAGCGUCGAGCGCUCACGACGAAGAAACCAGCGUUAACUAUCCCAUCGCAAAUCCAUCCAUCACCCGCCGCAAACCCGCCAGCUUCCAUCAACCAGGCCGCCCACCCGUUCGCUCGCACCCCGCAUUUUGCCACACGCCAACACCUUCCCAAGUAUCAUACAUCUAGGCAGCCGAGACCCAUCCCACGAUGUCGCGCGAGCAGUACCAAGUGCCGACCAGCUCCGGCACCGGCGCAGCCGCCGGCGGCGCGAGUUCUUCCUACAACGUGCCCGGCGCCGCGCGCGACUACGCCGGCGAGAGCGGCGGCGGCGUCAUGUACUACCUGUGCGGCGACUGCGCCGUGCGCGUGCCGCUGGAGAAGGGCGCGCCGAUCCGCUGCCAGAAGUGCGGCGCGCGCGUGCUCUACAAGGAGCGCACCAAGAGGUGAG